AUGCCACGCCUCCCUCUCUCAGGUAUCCUUAAACACAAACACCCCCUUCCCUUUCCUGAACCCCUGCAGCGUGCCCUGCACCGCGUCCCGCAGCUCCUGCUCGGGCGUGUCCCACGUCCAGGGGACCUCGUCGACGGGGGUGUCGGCAAACUUGCCCUCGCGGAUGAGCGCCAGGAUCUCCUCGACCGUCCGCCUCUUGCCGGGCCGGUCGCGGUUCGCCCACCGGCUCAGCCAGAAGCCCCGGAAGGAGAUGUCCUUGAAGAUGAGCAGGCCCGUCGGCAGGCUCACGGGCUGCCGCGACAUGGCGCCGUACGUGACCACCGUGCCGCCCUCGCUGAGCGACCGCGCCACGGCGGAAGCCGACUUGCCGCCGACGCAGUUGAGCCCGAGGAGCAGCUCGUCGCGCCCGCCGCGCAGCGUCUCGGCCAGGCGGUCCCGGAACGAGCGGUCGAGGAACUCCCUCUCCGUCAGCACGACCGUGGCGCCGAGGUCGGAGAGCUCCUGCUUCAGGGCCGCCGUCUCGGCCUCGGUCUCGCGCUCCCGCACGACGUUGAUGCUGCGCAGGCCCCACAGCCGGCCGAGCUGGAUCGCCGCGCGGCCGACGCCCGAGUUGGCCCCGUUCUGCAGGAACCAGGCGCCGCCGCCCGACGCCGCGAAGCUGCGCACGCUGACGUCGACGAGGUCGACAAAGUCGCGCAGCAUGCGGUACGCGCUGCACGGGUUGACGCUGACGGUCGCGGCCUGCAGCGGGGUCAGGCCGGUCCUGUCGACGCGCAGGAGGCUCGCGUCGGCGCCCUCGAUCAGGGCCUGCGUGCGCCAGGUGCCGAGCCCCGUGCCGGCGGGUAUGGCCCAGUCGCCCUUCUUGAGCGACGACACGCCGUCGCCGACGGCCAUGACCUCGAAGCAGCCCUCGUUGCCGGCCAGGGCGGCCGGCUCGGCGGUGCCCAGGAGCGUCGAGAAGGUGGGCUUCGCGCCGUAGGUGCCCUGGAUGGUGUUGACGUCGGCCGGGUUGAUGGGCGCGGCGAGGGUGCGGACGAGGACGGAGCCCGAGGGCAGGGAGGGGGAGAUGGAGUGCUUGUGGAUGCUGUGGGAAACAAGACGACGAAACCGUUAGCUGAUACUUCUUGGGGCAGUCGUCGUUCGAGCAGCAGCAAAAAGGAAGACAGAGAAGAGGGGAGGAAAGGGGGGGGGGGCAACUGCGUACCUGAGGACGUCAGAGGGUUCUCCGUACUUGGAGAAGACGAGCGCCUUGGCCUGCUCGUAGCCGUACGGCCCGCUCUUGUGCCGGACGGCCGUCAGAGGCAGGGAGCAGCCGCGGCAGGUCCGCGAGCUCUGGGCGCUGGGCCGGAGGAGGCCGUUGGCGAUGGGCCGCGCGGAGCGCAGGGUCGUCGCCAUCUUUCUAGCUUUCCGGGUAUGCUUGCUGACUUCUCGGACGAAUUGGUGGUUUGCGCAAACAAGAGGUGUGGUUUCGUGAGUCGUCAAUGUCGGCGGAGACUGCCGUGCAAAAGAAACGAAGCUCUCGGCCCGGCGCCGGUUGGAAUGACGUUUUAG